AGGACCACAGCUCUGUGCAAACAGCAAUCUAGAAACUUUUAAGAAAAAUCAGUAGUCUAUGUUUUCUUUCGCUUCGUGAUUUCUUAUAUCACGUAUCAAGUUUCAAACAACCAAAGUUUCUAAAGGUUACGUUUACUGCUACUGAUACUGGCAAAUGGUGCGCAGAUAGCGCGAUGACGUGCAUCACGCCAUUAUUUUGGCGGCAAAGUAUAAAACGGCCAUAUUUAACUUCUUUUUUCACUGGUGAAGCGGGUGCAUGUAGUCGGCAUUGUGAGCAGUAUUUGUAUCACUUGUUGUGUGUUUUCGAGGUAGAUCGUUACGUUGAUAGUGUGCCCCUUCAUUCGUGGAUAAUCCUAUUCUGUUUGUCAAGAAUGACACAGUAUUUUCGGGAGCUUCUUAGCACUGAAACGGAGAGGCUGUCGGGUUUGUGUCAGCACUGGGAAGCCAUCUCGAAAUGUAGCACUGAACUCAACGACGAAGUGCAGGGUCAUAUUCGUGCCGCUGUCGGUCAAGCGGGACUGCUGAUAAACAAGAAAUUUAAGCAAUUUGACGGCCUGAUAUACAACUGCGAGAACGACAUCGGAGAAAAGAAAACAACAUGUGCAGACUUGCAGGGCUUUUGGGAUAUGAUAUACUUUCAGGUUGAAGAUGUGAAUAGAAAAUUUCACCAUCUCAGUAAACUGCAGAGUGAAGGGUGGGCUGCAGAGGAGAACACACAGGUGACAAAGAAAGCCUUAAAACAGCGACCAAAAGCAGUGAAGAAAUCUGCGCCGAUGUGUGAAGCCCAGAAAGUGCGGAGGCCAACUGUGCGUCAAUGGCUAGCAGAAGCUAAAGCCCACAAGGCCACCAGGGAGCAGGGUGAAGGAGACGAAGAGAACGUAAGGGUGUUUGAUGCGCCCGUGUUCUUUACAGUCUCUAGCCCAUUACGUGCAAAAUGUGAUGAGCACAUAGUUCUGAGGACCCCAAAAAGUGCACAGAAAACCCCAAAGCACAACAAGGACUUGACUCCUUUGAUGAAAGUUACAUGUUCAGCUAAGCGUGCUCUCAACAUGCACAACUGAUAUAUUUUUAAGCAUUUUAUUAUGUAUUCCGAAGCAUUUUGAACUUUGUCAAGCGCAUGAUCAAGUACAUCCCUAUUAAAUUCAAAAUUUAACACUCCUAUUGUUACACUUUUCUUCACAAGUAUGUAUGUACAAGAAUAUACAGUCAUUCUUUGGCUCUGACUGACUUUUGUUUUGCAGCAGCAUGUUUCCGAGCAUUCCAAGGAUGUGUGGUGACCUUUUUGCAGCAGUAUAUGUCAGAGAGUAACCAUUAUUUUGGAUGCUCAAACAAAAAAAGGAAAAAUAAAAAGUUGACAACA